UAUAUGGACGAGGAGAUCGAACUUGAAUUAAGUAAUCUUCCAUUGCUGGAAGAUGCGCAUGACGACUCAUAUGGAGAAGAAGAAUAUGAAGAAGUGCAGGAUAAUGAAGAAAAUGAGGUGGAGAAUGAGCUUCCAGAGUCUGUUCUCUCAUGUUUGCAGUUUGUUAAGAGUAGAAGUGAAAAAACAGAAAAACUGAUUUUGGAAUCUGAUGAUACCUGGAUAAGUGAAUGUUUUAAAUCCGUAACCUACCAAACAUCUGAUUAUUUGGCCGAAUUGGCUUCUGAAUAUGAUGAAGAACCAGAUGCUCUAAGGAAACGGAUACUUGCUGAUCUAGAAGAAGAUGACAAAAGAGACCAGUCCAGUUCUGCUCCAGAAAAUGAUCUUAGUGAGAACGAAACUCCAGGCAAUAACCUGGCAAACAAACUGGGCAGUGGGGACAUUGCUUUAAACCUUGAUUAUAUUGAAGUAGAAGAAAAUUGUAGACAACAACUGUUGCAGUGGGAAACUGAGCAAGAGAAACAACAUGAAGAAACAAAGAACAAGCUGAUUUCUCAAAGACAAAUGCUACAAAAGCAAAUGCAAGAACAACUGGAAAGGAGUGAAAACCGGAGAAAGGAAUUUGAGAACAAAACUUCCAUGUUAAAUAUUCUUCAUAAACAACAACAGGAGACAAUAGAUGAAGAAAUGAAGAAAAAUAAUGAAGCGUUGGCAGAAGAUCUAAAAAAACAUGAGGGCUUAAUUAACAAACUUCAAGCAGAUAUAGAGAAAGAGAGGAAUAUUUUUGAGGAACAGAAGACUAAAGCAAAGAAACAUUUGGAGGAAAUACAACAUAAUUCUGCUAUUAAAAUUCAGGCCAAAUUCCGAGCUUUUCAUAUAUAUAAAGAGUACGCACCUAUUUUAAAGGAAAGAAAAGAAGAGAGGAAAAAGAAGAGAGAAUUGCAACUCAAAAUGGAGGAAGAAAAGAAAGAAAUGGAAGCUAAAAUAAAACGUAAACUAGAAGAAAGGAAACAAAAAGAAGAAGAGAAAAAACAAAAAGAAGAGAUGGAGAAAAGGAAAAUAGCAGAAGCAGAAAAGCAAGAAUGUUUAAAACAAGAAAUGAGACGAAAACAAUAUGAGAAAAAGAAGGAAGAGGAAAAAAAGAGACUUGAGAAAGAAAAAGUCUUUAAGCAGGAAGAAAAGAUAGAAAAAAGAAAUAAGAUAUUGGAAAAUAGCACUGUCCACCAGAAUACACAUGAAAUUCAAAGUAAUGAAGUGACCCUGAAAACAAAUAUUGUUCUGGAACUAAAAAGAAAUGAAGAAAUAAGAGAAGAAGAAAUUAAACAAAGUGAGGGAAAACAUGUAGUUAAUGGUGGCAUUAAAAUACUUACAGAGGGUGUGGAUUCUACUAAUAUCCAAACAAAGAAAAUAAAUAUAAAAAACAUGAACAGUAGCACAUAUGUAGAUAGCUGUGCGCCAGAUUUUGAAUUGAAAGAAGAGCAUCAGGUGUUUGUAGGAUCUGUUCAAACUGUAGGUGAAAACAAAUGCACAGAAUCUGAUACAAUGUAUUUACAAGAAUCUGAAACACCAACAUCGUCAUAUAACAAAGAAAAUGACCCUGAGAUGUCCCUUGUUACCAAGACUCCAAACGUCACUCCAUCACAGGAGGAAAUUUCUCAAAAUUCACAAGAAACCUCUCAAACUGCACAGAGUAAGGUUUUGGUGUCUGUUUCAACAAAGUCUUUUGUACUUCCUGACAAUAUUGAAGAAAUACGACUUGCAUGGAUGAAAAGUUGCAAACCGUGGUUCAAAAUUUUAAAGGGGAAUCAGAGAAAAAAGGUUCUUAGAAAAACAAAGCAGCGUAAAAGCUCAGCAGCAAGGAAGCUUCCUGCGAUACAUGAAAGUAUCAUUCUUCAAAAUACACCAUGGCACAGCUUAAAACAGGUCACAGCAGUAACUCUAAAUGAUUUACCAGGCUGUAGUCUUAGUACAUUGUCUGAAUGUACAAAGCUCAAGUAUCUAUCCAUGAAACGCUGUCAUUUAAUUUCACUUGAAGGAAUAAGCAGCUGCAGAGAUUUGCAGUACAUUGAUUUACAGGAGAAUUGUAUUCAGAUAAUAAAUUGUGAAGAUCUAGAAAAAUUAUGUAUUCUUCUUCUGAACAAAAACCAAAUAUCAUCCAUACAUGGACUAGACAGUUGCACAAACCUCAGAAAUCUGGAGCUGUCCUUCAAUUCAAUAACCAAAAUAGGUGGUUUGGAUUCUCUAAAAAAUCUUCAACGUUUGGUUUUGGAUCACAAUCAACUAAUCGAUACCAGUGGUCUAGAGGCAGCACCUACAAUAAUGUAUUUGGACUGUUCUUAUAAUUUUCUCACUGAACUGGAUGGAAUCCAGAACUGUGGCCUCUUGCAAGUUUUACGAUUACAAGGAAACAACUUGACAAAGCCCCCUCAACUACACAAUCAUGUUCUGUUGAGAGAAAUAUAUCUGGAUGAUAACAGUUUAUCAAGACUGGAUGAAAUUUCAUCAUAUUGGCUGCCACUAUUACAAGUUUUUUCAGUGUCUAAGAACAGUCUUAUCCAGCUAUCAUCCCUAAAUACUCUCAUUUCAUUGGAAGAACUAGACAUAAGUAGCAACUGUUUAUCAGAUUUGCAGAGUAUUCUUUUGUGGCUUGAAGGCUGUAGAAAUGUAAGAAGCCUAUCACUGAGCAAGAAUCCAUGUCUACAGGAGUGUAACUGGAGGUGCACGGUGUUAAAAAUAUUGCCUAGUUUGAAAUUACUUAACAGUGAACUCCUACAUUCUGAAGAUGGACACUUUAAAGAAGAAGCCCCCCAGUUUGCCAAGGGAACGUUCUGGACAUUUUGUCAAGAGCAGAUUUACAAUAUGAACCAAAUAUGGCAGAAACUAAAUACAGAAGGAUGGAAAUGUUCAUCAAUGGAGAGCCUUGAAAAUAGCUUUCAUUGUUUUGAAGAUUUGAUGAAGCUUAGCAAUGAGCAAAGAUACGCACAUGAGUAUGGUGACAUGGAAACUAAUGAAAGAGAGGAACCAGAAAGUCUGGGUAUUGAUCUGGAUCAAGCUGCAACAGACAGCCACCAAACUAAUAAUGCUGUCAGUGACAUAAAUGAAAAUAAGCAAGAUGACUUAACUAGAAAGAUCACCGCUAACAAUGCUCAAUUGGUGCUUAUAAAUCCCUCUGUAUACUCUAAAAACAGCAACCAUAUUAAUAACAUAGUAAAAAUGAGCAUGGCAAACCAAGAUAAAGUCAACUUGACCAGCCAAACUGGAGUACUGACUGUGAAAAAUAAGGAGCGUACUGCUGCAGUUGUCAUUCAGUCACAUUGGAGAGGAUAUAUGGUUCGCAGAGAUAUCCGUUAUUAUGAAAAACUUCAUGAGGCUGCUUCAGUCAUACAAUCUUUUUGGCGACAGUAUUGUGUUAGGAAAGCAACGCAGAAGAAAAACUUACCAAAACCUAGUAUUAAGGAUAUUCGAGAUCGUGCUGCUACUGUCAUACAGUCAACUUGGAAAGGAUUCCGCUUAAGAAAAAAAUUGGCUGCUGCAUUUGCAGCUAUUGAAAGAGAUGAACUUGAGGAUGACUUAGAAGAAGUGAAUUUGGAUGAUUUUCUGUAUGAUGACGCUUUGGAGAAAGACUGGAUACUGGAUUCCCCCAAUUUCCCUUCUAAAACACAACAUCUCUCAAUUAAGCCUAAACAACCAAAGCUUCUCGGAAACAUUUCUGCACCACAAGCCAGUGCAGAUUCAUUUCCACGUGUACCGUACCAAGCCUGGCCAAGUCAUGAAACUGCAGAAGUGAACAGGACCUUUAUACAUAAACGUGCACCACUUGAUAAAAGGUUGGAGAAACAAGAUCUGUCAAAUGUGACUAACAUGAAGUCUGAUGUUGAAGUAUCAUUUAAGUCUGGGAAAGAAGAGCAAAUAUUUCAGGAGUGGGGGUUCAGAGAUGCAUCUACUGUACAGCUGAUGCUGAAGAGAGCUCAGAAAAUGAAAUCUAAGCAACCAAAGAUGAAAAAAAUGUUAGAUCCUGCUGUGCGACUGGCGUUGUUCAAACACAAUGAAAAUAAACACGUGCCUGUAAAGCCACCAAAGAAGGUACAAUCAACCAACACAGAAUAUUUGCAAGACAAAGAACAGUUAUUCUAUUUAGAUGAAGUCCCUUCAGAAAAAUUAGCAAGAAGUAGGGAGCUCACUUUUCAGUGGCUUCACACUCAAUGUGGAGAUGUUGAUGCAGCAAGUCCUGGAACUGUAAACCGUAAGCGCUUCUUGCCUGAAUUAAAUCAUGAAGUUUUAAGUGGUGGACGUGUUCAGCUUGUGACUAAUGCAAGAAGUGAACCUAUGGACUUAGAAAUAGUUUCUGUGACUUCUGCAAGUUCCACGUCUCAGAAAAAGGAAAGAAAUAAGGAACCAAGAAGACAAUCUAGAGGCCCGUCAAGUAACGGCUUGUAUACACCAGUGAAGUCAGACUCUGGAGCUCCGCGAAAAGAACGCAUUUCAUUCCGAGAUAAUCCUUUGCAACUCAGUGGUGGAUGGGGAUGCGGCAAGAGAAGAGGAAACAAAUAAUUAAAUAAAUUUUACACUUGUGAGAAUGAAACACAGUGGAAGCUGAGAACAAUUUUGAUUCCAUUUAUUUAUGGAUUUUUAAUUAAAUAAAAUGCAAGAUGUUUCUGUAUGUAUGGUAUAAAUAUGUAAAAUAGAAAUAAUGGUAAAUUAUUUGUGACCUUUAAUCAGCUAUACUCCCACUUAAUUAAACACAUCAGUUGGCAUUUGUGGAGUUCUAUACGCUUUGUAUGAUACAUUUUUCUAUAUUCGUAUUAAAGAAAAUUGGUAGUUACAAUUGUUUAAAUAAAAGUGAACUUAAAAAAUGUAAA